AUUGCUCCGUACGGAGUACGCUAUAUCAUUUUCCUGCUCAAAAAAGACGAAGAAAAAAGAACACUUCUUUAAACCGGAGCGAAAUUGCUCCGCCGUUACCAGGGCGGCGCCGCGCCGUCGUCGUCAUCCCCACUAUAUAUACACGUGAAACGAACGGUGUUGAUAGGGAGUCUGAUUCUUCUCCGAAAAACUGUAGUUUCAUUUGUGGGCUUUUUCAGUUAAUUUAGUUAUUGAUCAAAUCAAAAUAUUCGUAUUUUCAGCUAUGGAAACCCUAGCUCUGAUCCCUUCCAUUCCCAAUCUCCUGACCUUCUUCAUCUCGUAUUUGAUCAUCUAUCUUAUUGCUUACUUCUUCAUCUUCCGCCAUUUCAAAUCCAGCCUCCGACCUGAAGCUGCCAGCUGCGCCAUCUCCUUCUCCCACGGCACUCCGGCGGUCUUCCUGGCCACCGCCGCCAUACUCUCCGACGCCUCCAGAAGCUUCCAUUCUAGGAACACCCCUUUCCAAUCGCUGGUCCUUGAUUACAGCGUCGCUUAUUUCCUCAUGGAUCUCUGCCACUACCUGGUUUUCUUCCCCGGCGAUGUUCUCUUCAUCGCCCACCAUCUUGCCACGCUGUUCGUGUUCCUCACGUGCAGGUUCGCGGCUGGCCACGGAGCAUACGCCAUUCUGGUUCUGCUUGUGCUUGCCGAGCUGACAAGCUUCUGCCAGAACACGUGGACUCUUGCCGGUGCCCUCAAGUCAGAUUUGAGCUUCGCUGCAAAAGUGUAUGAAUUCUUCUCCCCUCCGUUUUACGCUUUGUAUACUGUGGUUAGGGGUUUUGCCGGGCCGUUGUUUCUCUAUAGAAUGCUGGUUUCAUACUUGAGUGGGGAUGCGGACAGUGUGAUUCCCCCAUGGAUGUGGAUUUCAUGGAUUGCUGUAGUGUCUGCUGCCAUUUCUGUUAGUAUCUUGUGGAUUUCGAAUCUUUGGGUUGAGUUGUAUAGGGAGAAGAGUCAAAAACUUGACAAGAAAUCUAGUUAGGGACAGUACGGAUGGAAUUUCUUAGCUUGUUUUCUUUCUGUUUGUAUCAUUACCAGCAAACUUGAUGGAAAUUUUGUUAUUUUUCACACACACACAUGUUUUGUUCUUUGACCUCUUGAAUAAUCUAUAGCAACCACAACUUUAACUCUCCUC